AUGGGUUCUAUUGAAUGUGCAGACAUAACAGAUGACAAACCAUGGCAGGUAGUCAAUGAGUUGAAGAAAGUUCAUUUCACAACUACAGCUGGAGAGGAUGUUUACUUUGAUGAAUUUGGUGACCCAGCAGCAAGGUAUGAACUGCUUAAUUGGCAACACGGGAAAGAGAAUAAAAUAUUUCUUGUUGAAGUGGGCUUUUAUGAUGGCUCUUUGCAAACACAGCUCCAGCUGGCAUUUAACAACAUCAGCAUAGCCUGGACCCACAAUAAAUCACAAGUACCAAUCUCAGUGUGUAGUCCAAGUUGUCCUCCAGGCACGAGGAAGGCUGUUCAGAAAGGAAAGCCAAUUUGCUGCUUUGACUGUAUACCAUGUGCAGAGGGGGAAAUCAACUCUAUAACAUGUAUGAAGUGUCCGCCUGAACUGUGGUCUAAUGACAUGAAAGAUACCUGUGUCUUAAAGCGGGUGGAAUUCCUAAAAUUCGAGGAAAUAAUGGGAAUCAUUCUUGUAUUAUUUUCUUUGUUAGGUGUUUCAUUCACCAUCUGCAUUGCUGUGAUUUUUUUUAAACACAAAGACACACCAAUUGUUAAAGCAAAUAAUUCUGAAUUGAGCUUUCUGCUGCUCUUUGCACUGACUCUGUGUUUCCUCUGUUCAAUAACUUUUAUUGGUCAGCCUUCUGAGUGGUCCUGUAUGCUUCGCCAUACAGUGUUUGGGACCACAUUUGUCCUCUGCAUCUCCUGUGUUUUGGGGAAAACAGCAGUGGUGUUAAUGGCCUUUAGGGCUACACUUCCAGGUAGCAAUGCUAUGAAAUGGUUUGGGCUUCUACAGCAAAGACUCAGCGUACUUCUCUUCACUCUUGUACAAUUCAUUAUUUGUGUAGUGUGGUUAACACUAUCCCCUCCCUUUCCCUACAAAAAUAUGAAGUACUACAAGGAAAAGAUCAUAUUAGAAUGCAAUGUAGGCUCAGCUGUAGGUUUUUGGGCUGUGCUUGGUUAUAUAGGACUCCUGGCUGUUUUGUGUUUUAUUUUGGCUUUUCUGGCCCGGAAGCUGCCUGAUAAUUUUAAUGAAGCCAAAUUUAUCACAUUCAGCAUACUCAUAUUCUGUGCAGUUUGGAUCACUUUUAUUCCUGCUUAUGUUAGCUCUCCUGGAAAAUUUACUGUAGCUGUAGAGAUAUUUGCCAUUUUAGCAUCAAGCUUUGGUUUACUAUUCUUCAUAUUUAUUCCAAAGUGCUACAUAAUUAUAUUGAAACCUGAGAAAAACACUAAAAAGCUAAUGAUGGGUAAAGCAUCUGUUAAAUGA